CAUAAUCGACUUUUAAUCGACUUAUAAACACGGAUGUUUCGUGCCAGCGAUAAGACAAUCCCUGCAGUCACAGCAACGAAUUUUGUGAAGCUGAACUCGAUUCUUACGCGUACGAAUAUCACGGAGUGAUGCGCCAGAAUAUGAAAAUCAAGAAAGCUCACAAGAAUAAGAAAAGUAAAGCCAGGAAAAGUAUUUGUACUUUUUUAAGUGCUUCUGUAAAGAGAUCAGUGUGUCGAUGUGAAAGGUGAAAAUAAUCAUAGAUUUUGAAGUGACUUUUAUAGAGAAAAGUAGAAGAAAUCUAAAUAUCUUGUACUUAUCAUCGUGUCUGUGUGGUAAAAUAUACUGUGUGAAGUGGCCUAUUGAAAUGGCUAACCGUGCGACGUGCCUCAGAUUGGGUCUAUUUAUCUUUCUAUUUCAACGAGUAUGCAGUGAGAACAUCAAUAACAUGCAGACGGUAACACCAUAUUGUGACGGGUUUCUCACACUGCACGACAAGGAGCCAUCAUAUCAGAUACAGGUGCCGACUUUUCCGUUUGGAUUCGGUGACCCCGGAAGUAAAUGCAACUGGUACUUCUACGCUCCCACUGGUAACGUCAUCAAAAUGGAGGUUGUUGACCUUGAUAUUGGACAAAACGAAUCGCUUACGGUCUUUGACGGCGAUAGAAUGAUGAGUGGAGAUGGAAUUGAUAUAAGGGAUUAUUUGGAACUGGAUUUCGUCAGUGAGAGUAAUUCCUUGACGAUUCAGCUUGAGUCUGGGCCAGUUUUCAAAGGAACAGCGGUCCUCCAUGUAAUGGUCCUGAAACCAAAAUCAAAAAGUUCUGGUGUUUUAUCGGCUAACCCCAGCCAAUGUGGUGGCACCAUAGAUCUCGACCAAUCAACUUCAUCUUUUGAAAUUGAGGUGACCAAUCAGGAAGCCGGCAGUAACCCCGCCUACUGUGUCUGGCAAAUAACCACGCCCCCGUCUACAGUAGCCAUGCUCCGCUUUCUCGACGUGCGUCUCGAUUUCUACGAUUACUUCAUGGUUGCCGACUCGAUAGGAAACCGGCUGGCCGAAUUCUCCAAUAUCCGGUCUACUCCUCACGAAGUAGUGUCGGGUACCAACCAAAUGAACUGUCUCUUUGAUGCCUAUGAAAUCCAGUCUGCCUCGUAUGUACGAUUUGAGGUCUUCUACAAUGAUACUACGGCUGAAGAAGAUGCUAUCAACCUCUUAAGCGGAGGUCACAUAACCCUCACCGAAGACCAACCAAGCUUUUCCUUUCAGUCGAACAACUUCUCCACCGAUUUGGGCGUCUAUUUCGGAAGCUACUGGUUCGUCAACGGCCCAACCGGAUCCAAAUUAUCCGUCGAGAUGUCGGACAUGGAUACCGGGCCCGGUGUCUACCUCGACGUUCGGAGCGGAUUGAACACACCGAUUGCCAGUCUAUCCGGGAGUUUUGAAGUGGAUACGCUCAUGACGUUGGACAACACAGCGGUUAUUUGGAUGUAUUCGAAUUGGCGGGACCCGGGCCAAGGAGUGACUGUGAAUGUGAGCAUCAUAUCAGACAUAUUUAUGGAUUCAUCGAACACCCUCGCAUCGUGCGGAGGAUCCAUAACCCUCGAUCCGAACCAUUUACCUUCACUUUCGUUCUCAUCUCCAAACUAUGGUACAACGAUCGACCAGUACACCGCGUGCUACUGGUACUUCAUCAGUCCCCCAAACACCCGCGUCCGGAUCGACAUUCUUGACAUCGAGACGCAGAGCGGAUACGUACAUGUCUUUGAUAGUGUCAACAGCCCGGUUGUAACGGUAUCAAGCAUCGCCGGUGAGGGCGCUUUACCCCCUUUUCAUUCCUCUAGAAACGGAGUCUCUGUCCUGUACAACGAUUUGUCUGAUUACAUGAACGGCCGUGGACUCUUGGCGGAAGUCAGUAUCAUUGACGCUGCCAGUCCUGAACCAGAUAUUUCUUGCGGCGGUCAACUCAAUUUAAAUGUCACCCAACCAUCUUCUGCCAUUAAGACCCCAUGGUAUACCACGCCCUCUGCGGUCCUUGCCUCAACACUCUGUUACUGGUACGUAACGUGUCAAGAGGAUAAAGCAGUUUCCUUUGAAGUCAACGAUAUGCAGACCAUUGACGCCACUCUGAACGUGUACGACGCCGUGAACGCUUUGCAGCAGGAUGUGGCCAUUAUCAAAGGGGAGACCCUUCCGACACCGUUCCUGUCAUCUGGACCGGGUGUGACUAUCGUGUUUGCAGACUCUCCAUCUGCCUACCCGGAGCGUGGGUUUUCGGCAGUAGUCGUAAUAUCAGAUCCGUUCUCUUGGGAUGAAACGACCGUCAUGACGUCGUGUGGUGGAAGCAUAGACAUGUAUUCUACUUCAACAAGUCUGACCUUUACCUCGCCGACUUACCCAAGCCUCCAACCGACCGGAAGUUUCGACUGCAGAUGGUAUUUCAGUGGAGAAAAUGGCAUGGUGUUCACGUUGGAAAUCUUCGAUCUCGACACGGAUGUGACAACAUACGUGUACGUAUUCGACGAGGACGAACCUGUUACCGAGAUAUCAGGCAACAACCUUGCAACAACGGUCGUUGGGUCUAAGAACUCCCUCCUUGUGAGAUUCUAUGACUCAUCCAUGACUGAUACAGCACGAGGGCUGAAGGCAAAGGUCAAUCUCAAUGUUCCUCCAAACUGGGACGACUCUUCUGCACUAGCUACCUGUGGGGGUGGGAUUCCUUUAGAUUUCGAUACACGAACCUUCCUCUCUACAACACCUAACUACCCAGACACAAACGGGGAUCACUUUGACUGCCGAUGGUACGUGACGAGUCCUUCAGAUACACACAUCUCUGUCCAGUUUGUUGAUUUCCAAACGGAUUCGAACUCGUUCCUCUCCCUUCACGACGGAAGUGCUUUUUCUGACCCGGAACUGUAUCGUGCGUCUGGGUCUGUCUUUCCGACAGAGGUAAACGCCACCGGAAACGCAAUGGCUCUCCGUUUUUACUCGAAUCGGGCUACAAGUGGUAGAGGCGCUUCCAUUAUCGUUACAUUUUUGGGAGGGAAUCCGCCUACCAGUGACAUCCGUUUGGUAGGUGGCAGUGGGCCUCAUGAAGGGCGUGUCGAACUCUAUCAUAACAACAUCUGGGGUACGGUCUGCGAUGAUGACUGGGGCAGAGAGGACGCCACAGUUGUCUGUAGGAUGUUGGGGUUCAGGACCGUGAUUGCGUUCUGGUCCAGGGCUUACUUUGGACCAGGAACAGGACAGAUAUGGCUGGAUGAUCUUCAGUGUAGCGGAGACGAGAAGCAUGUAAUUGAUUGCACUCACGCCAUGCCAACCGGUACGAACAACUGCGGUCAUUCGGAGGACGCCGGCGUUACGUGUGGAGAAGGUGCUGAUGUCACGUGUGACAGCAAUUCGAUGACGGUCCUCGUCGAUCGCGCUCUCCUGGCGCCGGGCGAUGGUGCGACCGACGUCUUUCUCACCGAUGGUUCCUGCGUUGGUUACGAUCACGACAGUGUAAAAGUUGCGAUUUCGACGUCGUUCGAUGACUGUGGUACUACAUUGGAGGAAACAGAAGACACCAUUACCUUCUCCAACGUCAUCACCUACUUCGAACCAAGAUCCAAACAUGGCGAGACGGUCACACGAGACGCUAUCCUACACAUACCGGUCACGUGUUCUUUCGAUCGGCACGUCAUCCUUGGCAACAGUUACCAUCCGCAAGUCGGCGUGGUCUCUUUCUCCGAAAUCGGAUUUGGCAAUUUCUCUUUGGAGCUCGCGCGGUACAAGGAUGCCAACUUCGCUGAACGGGCGGAAGAGGAUGAGAGGAUACCACUCGGUGAACCGGUGUUCUUCGCGGUCAAUCUGACCGCGGUAACUGACGUGACGGUGCUGAUCGAGUCCUGCUGGGCCACGCCGCAUCCUUUCCCCUUUGACCAGGCGAAAUAUCAUAUCAUCACCGAUGGAUGUGCUAAAGAUCCAACGGUCGUGUUCUAUGAUAACAUCUUAGAUGACCCGAUGAUGUCUGCCUUCUCUCUACUGGCUUUCGGUUUUAUCGGAGAAUAUGACCAGGUGUUCAUACACUGUGAGGUGCUAGUGUGUGACGGCAGUGAUUCAUCUUCGCGCUGUGCCCAAGGCUGUGUGAGUCAAAGAGCAAAGAGAACAGCGACCAUCUCGCAGGUUCGGGGAUCGAGCUCCCAGCCCCACACCGUCUCAAACGGUCCGCUCUCCCCUCAGCGGAAACGGAGGGGGAUAGAUGAAUCCGGGCAUGCAAAGUCAUCGUCAGGUAACUACAGUGGCGAUAUGAACAAAAUGGUGGCGAUGGGCGUGUCCGGAAUAAUGCUGGCUGCAGGGGUCAUGAUGGCCUACGUCACAUUCUCGAAGGGUCAACAGAGGUCAAAAGGUUACAAAAGUCCGGCGAAAGAUGAAGAUUCUGAUAGCGAGCCCCUAAUCGAGGCAUGAUUACUGAUCGUGAGGUCGUGACGUGUCAGUGACAACAGUGACGCGCCAAAGGGAAGAGGUGAAGAGGUGAAUUUGGAGUAAAGUGUUGAUAAUCAUUUAAAGGUAAAGUCCACCCCUGGAAAUUGUUAAUUUGAAUAAAUAGAGAAAAUUCAAAGUAGC